UCAAUCCACUGAUUGUUGGACAUAUAAAACCGGCAGUAAAUAUUGAUGAGCGAUAAGUUAGUCAUAGAAUCUAGCUGGGGAAUAACGAGCACUGGGCAAAUACAAAUUUAUUUUUGUUCUGAAUAAUAAAAAAAAGUGAUAAGCAUGAAUUCUAAACUCGUUCUACUGUUGGUUUUCGCUUGUUUGGGCACCAUGGUAAAUGCGCGUCCACAGCAGUGGCAGGGUCCAAUAUUCUCCAACCCAUUUUUUCCCAACAUUCCUGAUGCCUCUUCUACUACCACUCCCGCACCGCCUGCCUCUUCGACUACGGUGCCUUCACCAGAGUAUCUAGCCUGCUUGCGCGCCUGCCCUACCACCAUGGAAUACAAUCCUGUUUGUGGCAGCGACAGUCAGAAUUACCACAAUAAUGCGCGUCUGGAUUGUGCUGUGCGCUGCGGUCAAGAUGUUGUUUUUGUACGAUUGGGCACCUGUAAUGCAUUAUAAACAAGAUUACAAACCCGGUAUUUAGUCAAUAAUAAAAAAUUUAUUUGCUUAUUUUUAAGUUAUAAAAUUU